CGUCUUUCAGCCUUCCAUUCAUCUUGACCUUGAAUUGCCAAACGACUGCCGACCGUUGUGCAAAGUUUGGGGCGCCCUCUUGGGCGCGCACUGUGACUGAUCAUACUGAUCACACUUGUAUCAGUCGCCACUCUCUUUUGGGCUACUGCGGGAGCUAUAGCUGCGCGGGACGUUAUCGGCUACCUCGUUCUCAUUCACGAUUGGUUUCGACCUCCGGCGUCCGGGUGCUCGUUGGGCAGAGGAUGGCUGCUCUGAUGCCGCUGAGGCAAAGUGAGGCUCUGCUGAACUCUGUGACUCACCUCACCUCUCGUGGCUAGCACCCACAACAAAAAGCUCCAGGUUGCUGAGUUCGGCUUCACACUGCGACGGGAUCGCAAGCUAGUGCGGUGCCUGAGUGCUGUACUAAAGCUGUAGGCCCGGCUUAUACGGACUCUGUGGCCAGUUCGUCAGUCAAAGCCGGGCAGCUUGGCCAAGAAUCAAUUGUGUCCAUCCGAAUCGCUAUACCUGCCGUUACAACUUCAGCCAAACGUUGACGCCUUACGACAGAAUGCUCGAAAUGUGGCAGUCAGAAUGGCAAGGCUUAGCUGUGAGUAGUGCGAUCCUUACAUCAGCGAUCAAAAGAUGACAAUUCUGCCACAUUCUGAUUCACCAUUUGCCGUGGUGAUACUGGGGCCGGUUUUGCGAUCAUGAAUCGAGCGGCGGGAAUCUUUGGAUGGAACGCGAACGUCAUACACAUCAGCGAGCACAUACCGCCCUCUCCCGUGCCUGGCCUCGCGCCGUCGUCAAGCUUCGUGAGGAGAGCCUUUCUGUGGGCGAUGUGUCAGAAGCUCCAGGAAGAUCGUCUCCUGCCGAGAUCGGGGCAGCUUGAUCGAGUGCAAAAGCGAGCUUGUAAAGAGGCUCUGGACGAGUGGGCUCGAUUAGGGGUACAGUCAUAAUACCCCUGAAUCUAUCAACCACUUCCGGACUCCCUUACCGCGUUUACCUCGCCUACACAGUAUAUACCUGCAUAGCUCCGGCCGAUACCGCGCUUCUUCCCCGCCGCUCCCGCGUUCGAAACGCGAUGGCUAUGAGACUUCUACAACGCUUACAACUUGCGUAGCCACUCACGACAAUACUGAACGGUGUCGAGCUUCAUGACACGCUGAAAACGGCAAAUGUCGCGAAAUGAAGAGGACGCCGCGAUGACGACGGACCGGCCUUCUGCUCCGUUCUGUUCCGUCGAGGCGGCCCGAGUGGCGGCUCGGUGCGCGAUCCCCUUCCUUGCCUCGCGUAUAGAGCGCCAUCAGCCAGCCAAAUGCGCGCCAUCAGCCAAGAACAUUUCACUCAUCAGAGUGUGACUGAUGUGUAUAGGGAUCUGGAAAUGGGCCUGCGAUUGACGAGUUGCAGACCCAAAAACAGCAGCAGAGCAGUACGGACAAGUCACACCUUAUCCCUUGAAUCACCGUCGCGUGAGUGCGGCAUGCACUUCGCUCGCGGACUACUUUGGAUUUGCCGCAAGGGACGACGAAGGAAUCUCUAUCUUCAGCCUCAAUGUACGUUGCGCUUUGCAGCCUUGCGUUUUGGACGCCAAACUCUGCGAGCAUCAGGGGUAGAAGCAAGCUCGAGGCCAUCAGGCAGCAAUGAGCAGCAAGAGGACGUGAGCCAAGCAGCCGAGCCGCUGCGCUCGCUGCUACUCAAUGGCUGCUGCAUGCUCGACGCGUCCUUUACCGCAGUCGUGGUUCUGAUUCCGUGUGCGGCGGCGUUGUUUCUGGCCACACAGCAUUCACACAGCAUUUCACGACUCACGACUCUAACUGGUGAUGGAGGGCAUCUGAUCUGUGCUGCCGAGGCUCACGGGUCGCCAACCACAAAUCACAAACUGCGGAUGCACUUCUAGGCUCACCCUCACUUGUGAGUCAGAAUCGUGAA